UAGCCAACUAAAGUCGGUCUCUCUACUUCUUCGUUCUUAUCCUCUCUCCAUCACCACCACCUUCUUCUCCACCCCCAAUUUCCAUAAAAUUCUCUUCAAUUCCCCAUCAAUUACACCUCUGCAACACCCACUAUACCCCCUCAAUAAUCCCCACUCAAUUCAAAUGUCCUCAAUCUCCUCUUUCAAUCUCCUCAAUCUUGACGAUUAUUCCUGCGUAAUCGACCGCCCCCGCAUCCCCCGAAUCAUGACCGUACCCGGUAUCAUCUCAGAUUUCGACCAACCCGAAAUCCACCACUCCAAUUGCCACAACUCCGGUCGCCGGAUCAUCGUUUCCAAUCAAUUACCGGUCAAAGCCCAGCUUGACCCGGAUACCGACAAAUGGGUCUUUGAAUCCGACCCGGAUUCACUCGUCUUGCAGUUAAAAUCCGGGUUACGACCCGAAACAGAGUGCGUGUACGUCGGAUCUUUACCCGUUGAAAUUAAUCUUUCGGAUCAAGAAGAAGUGGGUCAAAUGUUACUGGAUAAGUUUAACUGUGUCCCCACUUUUUUACCGUUGGAUGUUUUAAACAAAUUUUACCAUGGGUUUUGUAAACAUUAUUUAUGGCCUUUGUUUCAUUACAUGUUACCCGUGACCCGGAAACAAGGAGUCCGGUUCGACCGGGCUCUGUGGAAGGCGUACGUUAGCGCGAAUAAGAUAUUUGCGGAUAAAGUGAUGGAAGUGAUCAACCCGGAUGAGGAUUAUGUUUGGAUACAUGAUUAUCAUUUGAUGGUUAUGCCCACUUUUUUGAGAAAACGGUUUCAUCGGAUCCGGGUCGGGUUUUUUUUGCAUAGUCCGUUUCCGUCGUCCGAGAUUUAUCGAACGUUGCCCGUACGCGACGAGGUGCUUCGCGCGUUGUUGAAUUGUGAUUUGAUCGGGUUCCACACGUUUGAUUACGCACGACAUUUUUUGUCGUGUUGUAGUCGGAUGUUGGGGUUGGAUUACAAGUCGAAAAGGGGGUACAUUGGGUUGGAAUAUUACGGUCGUACGGUCAGUAUUAAGAUUUUACCAGUCGGGAUCGAUAUGGGUCAGAUUGAGUCGGUUAAGUCGUCGUCAGAAACCGCCGCGAAAGUUCGGGAACUAUCGCGGCGGUACGAAGGGAAAAAGGUGGUUUUAGGUGUUGAUGAUAUGGAUAUGUUUAAAGGGGUUAGUUUGAAGUUCCAAGCGUUUGGGAAGCUUUUGGAUGAGUAUCCGGUUUUGAGGGGUUUGGUGGUUUUGGUCCAGAUCUUGAACCCGGCUCGGAGCAGGGGUCAAGACGUUUUAGAGGUCGAAAGCGAGAUGCAAACCGUGGCUAGCGAGGUUAACCGUAAGUUUGCGAAAAAUGGGUAUGAACCCAUUGUGUUUGUCACCGGGCCCGUUUCAACACACGACAAGGUUGCGUACUAUUCGAUAGCCGAAUGUGUGGUUGUGAAUGCGGUUCGGGAUGGGAUGAAUUUGGUGCCGUAUAAGUACACUGUAUCGCGACAAAGUAACCGCGAUUUGGAUGAAGUGUUGCUCAUGAAUAAACCCGAAGAAGCCCGGAAAGCAAAAAAGAGUGUUAUUAUAGUUUCGGAGUUCAUCGGGUGUUCACCUUCGUUAAGUGGUGCGAUACGUGUCAACCCGUGGAAUAUAGAGUCGGUCACCGAGGCUAUGUAUUUAGCAAUCACAAUGCCCGAAAGGGAGAAGGAAAUGCGACACGAGAAACAUUAUAAAUACGUUAGUUCUCACGACGUGGCUUAUUGGGCUAAAAGUUUCGAUCAAGAUCUCGAGAGGGCGUGUAAGGAGCAUUUUCACAAACGGUGUUGGGGUGUCGGGUUUGGAUUAAAUUUUCGUGUGGUGGCUCUCGGUCCCAACUUUAGGAAGUUAUCGGUUGAACACAUUGUGUCGUCUUAUAACAAGACGAAUAGUCGAUUAAUAUUGCUCGAUUAUGAUGGUACUGUGAUGCCACGCGGUUUGGUUGAUAAAACGCCUAGUAAAGAAGUUAUCUCGAUAUUGAACAACCUGUCAAACGAUCCAAAAAACGUCGUUUUUAUCGUGAGCGGCCGAGGGAAGGAUUCGUUAGGCCCGUGGUUCGAUUCAUGUAAAAAACUAGGUUUGUCAGCGGAACAUGGUUGCUUCACUAGAUGGAAUGGGGACUCGGGUUGGGAAUCUUGUGCGGCGACGGUCGAUGUAGGCUGGAAGAAGGUGGCAUUGCCGGUGAUGGAGCAUUACACCGAGGCGACGGACGGUUCUUUCAUCGAGCCAAAAGAAAGCGCGUUAGUAUGGCAUCAUGCAGAAGCCGAUCCCGACUUUGGCACGUGGCAGGCUAAAGAGUUGUUAGAUCAUCUUGAGAGCGUGCUUGCUAAUGAGCCCGUGAUAGUCAAACGCGGUCAACAAAUCGUCGAGGUUAACCCACAGGGGGUGAGUAAAGGGGUCGUGGUGGACCGACUCGUCACAACUAUGCAAAGCAACGGAAGACCACCCGAUUUCGUGUUGUGCAUUGGUGACGACCAAUCAGAUGAAGACAUGUUCGAGAAAAUCUCGAGUUCCGUUGGGAGCGGGAUCGCUGAAGUAUUUGCUUGUACCGUAGGACAGAAACCAAGUAUGGCUAAAUAUUAUCUUGAUGAUACGGUAGAUGUCAUUAAGAUGUUACAUGGGCUCGAAGCAGCUUCGACUCAUGUAACGCGAAAUACAGCAUUUCAUGUCGAAAUGCAAACCUAGAUUUAAUUAUUCUGGAUUUUAUAAAGAAUGGAUUUGACUUUUAAAUAGUUUAGAAAUUUAGAAAUAGAAUCAAGUAGUUACGUCCUUUGUAGUUUGUACAGACUAUAUAUAUAAUUAUUUCAAUUUAAAUGUUCGGAUAA